UAUCCUGUCUGAGCCAUGGAAACCCCUGAUGUUGCUGUAGCAUCUCUGAUUGACUUUGACAGCGAGCCGUCCACCCUGGCACCCCCUGAAUCACCCCCUUCAAAACCUAGAGAUGGAAGCAGUUCCCUGGGUGAUGGAGCAUCAGAGAGUGACACUACCGAGUCUGCAGAUAGUGAGAAUGAUAUGGGAGAAUCCCCAACCCACCCGACCUGGGACCAUUAUCACCGCUCCUCGUCCAAUGAGUCCUUCUCUUCCAACCAGAGUACAGAGUCAGCCAAGGAUGAGGAGGCUCUGGGGCUCCGGGAAUUUAUGCGGAACUAUGUUGAGAAGAUCUUUUCUGGAGGAGAAGACUUGGACCAAGAAGAGAAAGCCAAGUUUGGAGAGUUCUGUAGCAGUGAAAAUGGGAAAGGUCGAGAGUGGUUUGCCCGAUAUGUGAGUGCACAGCGCUGCAAUUCCAAAUGUGUCUCUGAGCCGACUUUCUACCGUCUGGUGCAGUCCUUUGCCGUGGUGCUGUUUGAGUGUCACCAGAUGGAUGACUUUGGACCAGCGAAGAAUCUAAUGACCAUGUGUUUCACCUACUACCACAUUGGUAAAUCACUAGUUUUUCAGAGUGAAUUGUCACCUGGUGUAAGUUACCGAGAGGAGAAGUGGUGCCACAUGACCCAAGAGGAACGUGAUGACAGCCUCCGAUUCAAUGAAAACAUUACUUUUGGGCAGCUUGGCACAUUUACUCACAACAUGUUGGCUUUUGGGCUAAACAAGAAGCUGUGCAAUGACUUUCUGAAGAAGCAGGCAGUGAUUGGCAAUCUGGAUGAAGAACAAUACAAGCUACUGAGUGACCACAUUGAGCAAAUGGCCACCGAAUAGCUCCGAUGAGGGCCAGAUCUGCUGCAGCAUCCUCUGAGGGAGGAGUACCGGUGGAAAUCUCCUCCCCAAACACCCAGGACCAACAACCAGCUCUUAGCACCAUUGCAAUUAACCUGCAUGACUGUCAGCCAUACUUAGAGCCCCA